UUUUUUUUUUUUUUUUUUUUUCUGGCCCGACAUCACCACCGUCACCACCGUCAUCAUCGGCGUCACAGGAGCACUCACUGCUCAAGGAACGAGUUGUAUCAUGGAGGGCGGAUGAUUUCCCUCCCCGCAAGCUUGAAUUACCGCAUCUAGACCGGACGCAAGUGUUGUGUGACUCUGGUACACACUUCAACCGAGCUCUGGGUCAAGAAUCCCGGCCGGCACGUUUGGCAUGAUGGAUGGCCCCUUCCCCUCACCCGUGCCGCGCCUGCCCCUCUUUCCCCCAGAUUCGUGGCUUUUGUCGGCUUUGUUGGAAGAGCCAAUUGAGGCCCCCCCCCUUUUUUUUUUGACUGGUUCUUGAGCUUUACUCGCGAAUGGCUUCAUAAAUACCGCAAAAAGAAAAGAAAAAGAAACAGUCGCGACUUGCUCUAACGCUCCCCUAGUAUCCCUUACAUAUUCAGUUUACUCCGAUAUCAGGACCUCGCUCGCAAGGACCCAUCCAUGCCCCCAUUGACGUCUUAGCCGGCCCCGCUGCGCUAGGAUCUGGGGACAUAUCGCUCGCAGCGAGAGGGGAAAGAGCUCCACGCCUUGCUGGGGUGCGAAUCGCCGAAGUCGCGGGUUCGAAAGUGGGCUGCUUGUGAAUAUCGCAACAGACUAAAACCCUGCCGAGCGCUGGUUUUGUCUGUGGCUCGCACUAGGGAAGCCCUCGCUCACUUCAAAGCGUAUCCCGUGCGAGGUGAUUUGCUGCUUGCUUGCUGCCGCCACCGCUGCUGCUGCUAUAUCGCCUUGCUGUUACUGGUCCUUAGGUGCGCCGAGCGCAUCCACCCCCCCUCCCGAGACUCUCGAGUCGCGAGAAGAACCGAUAUCUUCCCGGCAUUAUUCCGCUAGCCAGACAGCGCAUCCCCCUAAAGAAACCCGCUGGUUAUAAUAUACAAGGCAGGUGUCUUACCUCGGCCCAUGAUGCGUCCCGCCGCCUCCCGAGUGUUCGGCCAGUCCGCGCUCCUGGCCCGCCAGCAGCUCCUCGCCCGCCCUCACCAGCCCCUCGCCGCCGCCGCCGCCCGACUGUACCUGCCCCCGCUGGCGAGCACCACGCGCACGCGCACCAUGGCCACCGCCGCAAAGAUCAAGGUCAAGAACCCCGUCGUCGAGCUCGACGGGGACGAGAUGACGCGCAUCAUCUGGCAGUCCAUCAAGGACAAGUUCAUCCACCCCUACCUCGACAUCGACCUCAAGUACUACGACCUGGGCCUGCCGUACCGCGACCAGACCGACGACCAGGUCACGCUCGACGCCGCCGAGGCCAUCAAGAAGUACUCGGUCGGCGUCAAGUGCGCCACCAUCACGCCCGACGAGGCCCGCGUCGAAGAGUUCAAGCUCAAGAAGAUGUGGCUGUCGCCCAACGGCACCAUCCGCAACGCCCUGGGCGGCACCGUCUUCCGCGAGCCCAUCGUCAUCCCCCGCAUCCCCCGCCUCGUCUCGUGCUGGAAGAAGCCCAUCAUCAUCGGCCGCCACGCCUUUGGCGACCAGUACCGCGCCAAGGACCUGGUAGUCCCCGGCCCGGGCAGGCUGACCAUGACCUACACUCCUGCAGGCGGUGGCAAGCCCGAGGAGAUCGAGGUCUUUGAGUUCAAGAACGGCGGUGGCAUCGCCCAGACCCAGUACAACACGGACGAGAGCAUCACGGGCUUCGCCCACUCGAGCUUCAAGCUGGCGCUCACAAAGGGCCUGCCGCUGUACAUGAGCACCAAGAACACCAUCCUCAAGAAAUACGACGGCCGCUUCAAGGAUAUCUUCCAGGAGCUGUACGACACAAAGUACAAGCCCGAGUUCGAGGCCAAUGGCAUCUGGUACGAGCACCGCCUGAUCGACGACAUGGUCGCCCAGAUGAUUAAGAGCACCGGCGGCUACAUCAUGGCCCUGAAGAACUACGACGGCGACGUGCAGUCCGACAUCGUCGCCCAGGGCUUCGGCUCCCUGGGCCUCAUGACGUCUGUGCUCAUCACGCCCGACGGCAAGACGUUCGAGUCGGAGGCCGCCCACGGCACCGUGACGCGCCACUACCGCGAGCACCAGAAGGGCAAGGAGACGUCGACCAACCCCAUCGCCUCCAUCUUCGCCUGGACCCGCGGCCUCGUCCAGCGCGGCACCCUCGACGGCACCCCCGAUGUCGUCGCCUUCGCCGAGAGCCUCGAGAAGGCCUGCAUCGACACGGUCGACGUCGACGGCAUCAUGACCAAGGACCUCGCCCUCGCCUGCGGCAAGACGGCCCGCGGGGACUACGUCACCACCAACGAGUACCUCGACGCCGUCGAGAGGCGGAUGAAGUCGAUCCUCAAGGAGAAGCUGUAAAAAGCGGGCUGCUGGGCCGAUUUGGAAGAGAACGGGUAGUUCGGGUGAGCCACUCGAGUAAAAUCUUGGGUGGCAAGAGGGACGCGAGAGCCCCCUUUUUGUUUGCCCUUGUUCUUGUUCGCUGCAAAAGCAUGGUCUUUGUCGGCUUUACCCCAACAAACCCGACGACCAAUCCCACCCGCAGCUGGGCUUAACCCAAAAAUCCUGCCCCCCAGCAUCAUCUCGGGCUAGCGCACUCCGCACUCACGCCAGCCAUGACAACGUGCGGGAAGCAGGUUUCUGCAUUGAAUGGCAAAUCCCACCUAUGAAAGGAAUGGGGUGGUCAGAAAGAAUAUUCCUGGCUUGUUUUUUGGUUUGUUUCUUUCUUUCUUUUCUUUUCGAUGUUAAACUGGGGGAAAAAAGGAAAGACUUGCUUGGAUAUUUCUCACUGCAUAGGUUCCAGCUCCCGCCAGCCGAUCUUGUUGGAUACAUAUCGGGGCCCAUCCGUGUCGCUACGAGGCUUGGGGCUGGACAGAGAUUCUUGUAAAUAGGAUCGAGACGCUGUCGUGGUGUACGUAUCAAAGUAGUACAUACAAGCAUUUCAUAUGCCUGCUAGGCCGAUAGGAUACAAAAAGCGCUGAAUGUUCCUGUAGAGGGCACAUGGAAAAAGAAAUCGCUACAGGCAGCAGAAAGCGUGGAUGGCUAAACGUUGAUUAAUGGAGCAGGCCUAUCCA